UAUGUAUCAACCACAUAACUGACACUUACUGUCUGUCUCCACACACUACCAGUAUGGUGACUCACUGUACUAGACCUCUUCCCUUCACGUCACUCUACUGCAGGGUGGGAGAUGCAACAAUGUCCUUGAGAACAGCAGGAAGUGUGUUGGUGGUCUUUCUCUGGUCUGUGACAGUGGUACUGGGUCAGGAUGGCUGGAGUGUGACAUACACCACUCAGAGUAUCUGUGCCUUGAAGGGGUCAACAGUGGAGCUGACCUGCUCUUACACAAAUCCCAGUGGUACAGUCACAUCAACCUUCUGGUUCACCAAAAUUGAUGAUGGGGAGAAUUUUGUAAAUCUGACAGACGACCCAGAAUACAAAGUUCGUGUGGCGUACCGUAUCGAUAGGAUGAAUGGCCACACCCUGAAAAUCACAAACCUGAGAGAGAGUGACUCAACUGAGUACAAGUUCAGAUUUAUAACAGAUCAGACCGGAGGGAAAUAUUUUGGUAACCCUGGAGUCACUUUGUCUGUUACAGGUCUGCAGGUGAAGGGGACUCCUGCCACUGUGACAGAGGGACAGAAGGUGACACUGACCUGUAGCACCACCUGUACUCUGAGUGACAACCCCAAUGCCACAUACAUCUGGUACAAGAAUGGACAUGUAACCAACCAAUCUACCAGUCUGUUCCUAAACCCAGUCAGCAGUGAGGAUGCAGGCAGAUACUCCUGUUCUGUAGAAGGACAUGAGGAUCUCCCCUCUGCUGAAGAGACUCUCACUGUCACAUAUGGACCAAAGAACACCUCAGUGUCAGUCAGUCCCUCUGGUGGAAUAGUGGAGGGCAGUUCAGUGACUCUGACCUGCAGCAGUGAUGCCAACCCACCUGUGGACAAAUACACCUGGUACAAGAAGAACGUAACCUCCCCAAAAGCAACAGGACACAGUUACAACAUCUCUAACAUCAUCUCUGAGGACAGAGGAGAAUAUUACUGUGAGGCCCAGAAUACAAUAUCAUCUAAUAACUCUACAGCUCUGAUGAUCAUUGUAGCAGGGAAACAAACAUUAGUUCUGACUGCAGCUGUAGGAAUCAUAGUGGUUGUUCUGGUUGUCAUCCUCUGUCUCUCUGGACUCAUGUGGUUCAGGAAAAAGGCAUCCAAAUCCCCCUCUGACACAAGAGACACAGCAGACGAUGGACAGGGAGACUCUAUUCCAGUGUAUGACAAUGUCUCAAGCCUGGCCAUGAGACCUACAGACAAACAGGAUGACAUUCACUAUGCCAGCGUCCACUUCUCUCGCUCCAAAAACCAGGAAGUGCCUCUGUACUCCACCGUCCAACUGUCUCAAACCCAGAAACAGGAAGAAGAUGUCCAGUACGCUGCUGUGCAAUUCAACCGCCCCAGUGCUGCCACCUGACCCGCAGCAGCACAAUCAUCUGAGGAGAACCCAUCUGUUCUCUACAGCACAGUCAACAAACCCAGAACCAAGAAAUCCUGAACAGAACUAACCCAGAACCAAAAAGACCUGCACACAACAAACCCAGAACCAAGUAGACCCGAACAUUACAAACCCAGAACCAUGAAGACCUGAACAUUACAGAACCAAGAAAACCUGAACACAACAAACCCAGAACCAAGAAGACCCGAACAUUACAAACCCAGAACCAAGAAAACCUGAACAGAACUAAUUCGGAACCAAGAAGACCUAAACACAAGAAGUUUAACAAAAACCUUGUAUAUCUGGACUCGUAUAUUAAAACUAAGUGGUAUAAUUAAGCAAUAAGGUCCGAGGGGGUGUGGUAUAUUGGCCUAUAUACUGUACCAUGGCUAAGGACUGUUCUUAAGCACGACACAACGCAGAGUUCCUGGAUACAGCCGUUAGCUGUGGUAUAUUGGCCUAUAUACUGUACCACGGCUAAGGACUGUUCUUAAGCACGACACAACGCAGAGUUCCUGGAUACAGCCCUUAGCUGUGGUAUAUUGGCCUAUAUACUGUACCACGGCUAAGGACUGUUCUUAAGCACGACACAACGCAGAGUUCCUGGAUACAGCCCUUAGCUGUGGUAUAUUGGCCUAUAUACUGUACCACGGCUAAGGACUGUUCUUAAGCACGACACAACGCAGAGUUCCUGGAUACAGCCGUUAGCAGUGGUAUAUUGACCAUAAACUACAAACCCCCGAGGUGCCUUAUUGCUAUUAUACUGGCUACCAACAUCAAUAGAAAAGUUUUAAAGUAUUUUUGCGUCAUACCCGUGCUUUAUUGUCUGAUAUACCAACACAAUCUCACACUCAAUUUGUGCAAAUAUGAACAAAAACUAUUUCAGCAGAUUUCAUGUUUUUUGUGCGUUUUUGUGUGAAUUAAUUCAUGUGAAAAGACACUCCUUUUUGAGCGAUUUAAUUUGUAGGAAAAUACACACAUUUUGUGCGACUUCAUUCAUAGGAAAAUACAUUUUUGGGGGCAAACUUUUCAAAAUGAUCAGAGCAAUUGUCACGACUUCUAAAGAAGGUAACUCCUCUUCCUGCCGGUCUACUUGCCACCAACGAUCCAUUUUUCCUUUUCUGUUUGUUUUGUCUUUGGUUCUUUUUCACACCUGGUUUCAUUUGCGUUAAUUUAUGUGUGUAUAAGGGUAACCUGUUGCCUGCCUAAGUUUGUGCGGGAUUAGUCUUUUCAUGUGAUGUGCUUGGUUGCAGUUACCGUUAUUUGUUUUCACCGUUACGUAAGUGGUUAUAGUGUCGGAACUGUGUUUGUUCCACGGGUUCUCCGUUACGAGGGCGUUGUCCUUUUCGAUUGUGCCAUUCCAGUGUUGGUGGACUGUCUUCUUAAAGCACGCUUCUCAGGCAUCCCUGCUCUCCUGCGCCUGACUCCUACACCUUUCACCUAGAUGCAACUUAUCACAGCAAUGCAUGAUGAGCAAUGGUGUUCUACACUGCCUUUUUUUGUCUGAUAUACAGUACACACUUCUGAAAUGUUGUUUCAGACAAUCGGCAUCCAGGAACCAAACUACCCAGGAUCAUAUCGGUAGUCCCAGCAGUUGGUAGAGCCAUGCUAGGGUAGAGUCGUAUAUUAGAGUAGGAGUGCUGAUCUAGGGUCGGUUUUGCCUUUUAAACUAUGAUGAACAUGAAAAGGAGCUUAAAAAAUAUAUAUUUUUCAAGUUAAUUAUCAAAAAAUAUAUUUACAGCAAACACAAUCUGAUUACAGGAAUCUUUGACAAAUAAACUUGAACUAUUCAACUUAA